GAAGGAACCUAGGAAACUGUAUCAACCUCUUGUUUUGUUGCCCCUUAUUCUGAUGCUUAAUUUAGCUGAGCUUGUAGAGAUAAUAUAUAUGUAAUUCUGUGCUUUUGAUAUCAACCAAGGCGGGCGAGCUGUCCAUUUCUUUGUUUUUCUCUGGAGCCGUCACUGUAAACGAGCUGUCGCAAGCCAAAUCCAAUCCAGUUUCCUCCCCUGCUGUUUAAACAAAUAAGGAGCUCAAGCUUCCUGUUUCAUAAUUCAACAACUAAUCAGAAUAAUCCAAGGAAGGUGGUUUUGAACGUGCAAGCAGAUCGAUCUUCAGCAACCAUGCAGAAACGAGAGAUGAAAGUUCCUCAUGUACUGACAGUUGCUGGCUCUGAUUCCGGGGGUGGUGCCGGUAUUCAAGCUGAUCUGAAGGCUUGUGCUGCUAGGAUGGUUUACUGUUCCACCGUGAUCACUGCUGUCACUGCACAGAAUACUGUUGGAGUCCAGGGGGUGGACAUCAUGCGUGAGGAUUUUGUGGCUGAGCAGCUUAAGUCUGUGCUCUCUGACAUGGAUGUCGAUGUGGUCAAAACAGGCAUGCUGCCGUCUCCUGGCAUAGUGAGGGUCCUUUGUCAGAGUCUCAGGGAAUUUCCUGUCAAGGCUCUGGUUGUUGAUCCUGUCAUGGUAUCUACCAGUGGAGAUGUACUUGCUGGUCCAUCUGUCCUAGCUGGAUUUCGGGAGGAACUUCUUCCCUUGGCCAACAUUGUAACUCCCAAUAUAAAAGAGGCAUCAGUCUUACUUGGUGGCGUGCCAGUGAGAUCAGUUUCUGAUAUGCGUGCUGCUGCAAAAUUAAUACAUGACAUGGGUCCUAGGAAUGUACUUGUCAAAGGUGGUGACCUGCCCAAUUCAUCAGACGCCAUUGAUGUAUUAUUCGAUGGUGAGGGAUUCUAUGAGCUCUGUUCUUCACGUGUGAAUACUCGCAACACUCAUGGUACUGGCUGUACUCUGGCAUCAUGCAUAGCUGCAGAACUGGCGAAAGGUUCCUCGGUACUUGAAGCUGUUAGGGUGGCUAAACAUUUCAUCGAGACUGCCUUGGAUUACAGCAAAGACAUUGUGAUUGGAAAUGGAGCCCAAGGCCCUUUUGAUCAUUUUUUUGCCUUUAAAAAUGCCAAUCAGAAUUCUUGCAGACAGGAUAAGUUCAAUCCAAAUGACUUACUGCUAUAUGCUGUAACGGAUUCAGGCAUGAACAGAAAGUGGGGCCGUUCCAUUUCCGAUGCUGUUAAAGCUGCUGUAGAAGGAGGCGCUACCAUUGUUCAAUUAAGGGAAAAGCAUGCCGAAACUAGAGAGUUCUUGGAUGCAGCCAAAGCAUGCCUUAAAAUAUGCCGUUCCUAUGGGGUGCCUCUACUCAUAAAUGAUCGCAUUGAUGUGGCCCUUGCUUGUGAUGCCGAUGGUGUUCAUCUUGGUCAGUCUGACAUGCCGGCACAUGUUGCUCGAACUCUUCUUGGUCCUGAAAAGAUAAUCGGUGUAUCAUGCAAGACACCAGAGCAAGCCAAACAAGCAUGGAUUGAUGGUGCUGAUUACAUUGGUAGUGGUGGUGUAUAUCCCACAACCACCAAGGAAAACAAUAACACUAUAGGUGUAGAUGGGUUAAAAGAAGUAUGCCUGGCUUCUAAACUGCCCGUGGUCGCAAUUGGCGGCAUUGGACCGUCGAAUGCACGUGCUGUAAUGGAAACCGGCAUGCCAAAUUUGAAGGGUGUUGCUGUUGUUUCAGCCCUAUUUGACAGAGAGUGUAUUCUGACAGAAACCAAAAAUUUGCACACUAUAUUAAGCAAGGCAGUGUUACAGAAGAAAUGAGCACAAGUUCUGCAGAUAUGGGAGCAAUGCUUGCAGAUUGAGAUUUGCAAUUUGUGCUCAGAGUUUGGAUGGACGAAAGAUUAGAAGAGUUUCAGUAACUUCAUUAAUAGAAACAUGGAAUGGCAGAUUCUUUGGACAUGAUUCUUUUAAAGUCUAAGUAUGCCUGCAAUGCUCAAUACUCUGCAAAACAAAGCAAUACUAGGUGUUUUUUUAUUUCGGAAAAAUGACGCUUCGAUACGAAAAGAUCAAUUUAAUAACAGGAAGCCCAUUUAUUGAUGAGGGAAAAAA